GUCAAUCAACUCUACCGACGCAUUCGUUGAAAUCCGCUUUGCUGAUGAAGUUGAAAAGACAGAAGUGGUAACUAGCCUCAAUCCUCAAUGGAACAGCGAGCUGUUUCCAUUCGACACCGAUGAAAAGCAGCUCGUCGAAUGUUGGGUGCAGUUCAGAGUGAUGGAUCAUGACACAUAUUCGGCAAACGACGCUAUAGGGAGGGUCAAUUUGGAUUGUAAUAUUCUUGUGGAAAAGAUGCGAAUGCAAGAAAUGGAACGACUAGAUGAGACACACAUCUUGCCGAUCUACGACACUCUCAAUGGCGGGUUCGAAUAA